UAGAAUUUUCAUAAAUUAUAAUAUGUAAAAUGUAAUUUCGUCUACAUUUUAUUUUACUGAAGGGAAAAGGAAAAAAACAGGAAAAUAUUCUUGGCUUCGGGGUUGGAGCUUUGCCCCAUAGGAAGACCAACCUUGCAAAGCACUAGCUUUCUUUAUAUUAUUUCUUUAAGAAUUAAAUUCUUUUCUGUUUCUUAGUACUAAUUCAUGCCCUUUUAGUUUUUUUUACCCAAAAUUUAAGCAAUUGUAGCUCUUGUAAGUAUAAAUUUUUUUAAACAGGUUAAAAAAAAUAUAAUCACUUCUAUAUCUUUUUCUUUCCCCCUUUCACAUUUAGCAAAUAGUCUUAAGAGUCAGCGUUAUCAAUUAUAAAUAAGCAUACACAAGGUUUGCAUUCUUCAAAGGAGAAGGUGUGAAUUCAGGGCCGCCAUUCGUACAAGCUUUGAGGUCGGUGUAGGGCUCUGAAUAUAACUUUUCUACAAAGUUAUGUUCUAGCAUUUUGAAGGGUGUCAAUUUAUUAACAGUUAUAUCAAUAAGCAAAAGUCAAAAGUUUCUCAUUCUAUAUAUCCCCGCCGAAAAUAAAUUAUUCUAGAUUUCAUGCAUAUUCAAUGAAUUCGGCUCAAUAAAGAGUGUCUAUAUAGCUAGCUAGCUCUUUGGCCAGGAAAAUUUAUAGGCAAAAAUGGAAAAAACCAAACGGUGCAAUACACAACAUUCAGUAACAAAACCGCAGUCAAAAUGCAAAUGUUUUGUCCCAACAGGCGGGCAGUCAGGUGACAACCAAGAACGGCAUCAUCGGUUUACACAAUUUGUUAAAAUUUUUGCUGAGAGGUUCAAGAAUAAGCUCUCAAGCAGUGGUGAAAGCACAAAUGUUUCCUCAAUGAAUGUUAAGCCAUCUGGGACAGGUUCUGCAGAGACACACCCAAGGAAGAGGGCACUUCUUUGUGGGGUUACUUAUAAGAAUAAGAAAUACAAGCUCAAGGGAACUGUUAAUGAUGUGAAGUCCAUGAGAAAAUUUUUGAUUGAUAAAUAUGGUUAUCCCGAAGAAUGCAUUCGCGUCCUCACAGAAGAAGAAGAAGAAAAUUUUAGUCCAACGAAGAAAAACAUACAAGAAUCUUUGAAAUGGCUUGUGGAGGGUUCAGAAUCUGGAGACUCAUUGGUGUUCUACUUCUCUGGACAUGGCUUACGGCAACCUGAUUUCAAUGACGAGGAGCGUGAUGGGUUCGAUGAAACUAUUUGUCCUGUUGAUUUUAUGCAAGAGGGCAUGAUUCUUGAUAAUGAUAUAAAUUCCACCAUUGUUUGGCCACUCAAGGAGGGUGUCACACUUCAUGCAAUCGUCGAUGCUUGUCAUAGUGGAACUAUUCUUGAUUUGGAACACGUAUACAACCGAGAAAGAAAUGAAUGGGAAGAUAACAGCGCUCCGUCAAAAGCUAGAAAAAGUACAAGCGGUGGAAUUGCAAUUUGUCUCAGUGCUUGUGAAGAUGAUAAAAUGGCUGCCGAUACCACUGCUUUCACGGGAAAAGCAAUGGCUGGUGCAAUGACUUACCUUAUGAUCGAAACGGUCAGGAACAAUACCGAAGUAACAUACGGACUCCUACUGGAUAAAAUGCAUGAGAUGGUUGAACAGUUUAACAAUAAAUCAUGCCUCGGAAAGUUCUUACCAAGAGUUUUAUAUCACAGAAAAAUACAGAAUGCUCUGCUAUCAUCUUCGGAAACGUUUAAUGUUUACGAGAAGAAAUUUCUGCUGUAAAUCCUAUGUGAUGGAAGGGUGUAAAUCACGAAGAAAUCUCUGCUGAAAAUCCUGUGCAGAGAGGGAAGUGAGAAUCAAAACAAGCUGUAAUUGUUAAGACGAGUGUUCUUUCUAAUAAGUACAAUGAAUAUAUUUUGAAAAUUAA